CUUCAGUCCUUCAGCCAGAUUUACGGACCCUAGUUGUACAACUCGAAUACUUCCCAGGGCACAGGAACAACAGAUGGACCGUCACCCCUCCUCCAUCCUUGGCAUCUUAACCGUACAGUAUAAAGCUCAAAGUUUGGGGCUUAGGCUAAUCAUUUGCUAGUGGAGAAUAAGACUGGAAGAACAAGAGAAGAAAACCAAAGCAAUCAAAUUAAGCGAAGAACUGGUACUAGAGUUGAGUCAAUGAUGAAGUCACAAACUCAGGACACCCCAACAAAACAUCAGGAGCACCUGAAGAGACAAAGAGACAUUCUGGCUUUCCGAAUGAAGAAGCUGUCGUCAAAACAAUCUGACUUCAAUAGCAAGGCUGCAGCUCAAAAAGAGAAGAUUAAGAAAAAAUAUGAUGACAUGAAGAAAGUUUUGGAUGAGGAUCUGAGAAUUACACUGAGCCAGUUGGAUAUUGAGACAGAGGCCACGGAGAGAACUGUUGAGGACAGUAUUGAGAAGUGCUACCACCUCACGCGAGAAAUCGAUCAGCAGCUCACUGAACUGUCUGCACAGAUGGAGAAAGAUCAACGUCAGGUUCAAGAAAAGAUGUCGGAGAUGGAGGAAAGGAUAAUAGAGACUCUGAAGAAGACAGAUCCAGAGUUAAUGCAGAUGGAUGAGUUUAAGAAUGAACAGCUGCUGGGCUUAACCAUCAACCUGCUGCUGUUCAUACGCUCUCAGGUUCCUGUCACCAAGAAACUCUUCCAAAGCUACGCCCAAGAAGUUGUUCUGGAUCCUGACUCUGCUCACCCAAAGCUUAUUAUUUCCCCUGAGGGUGACUCAGUCACUUACACCGAUACCUGGCAGGACGUUUCUGAAAACCCCUCUCGAUUUGACACCACCCUGAAUGUGAUUAGCAGGAAGGGCUUCACGGAUGUUCGCAACUACUGGGAGGUGCAGGUUACUGGUAAGACAUACUGGGAACUAGGGCUCACAUACCCCAACAUCCCUAGGAAGGGUCGAGAGGAGGACUGCUGGUUAGGCCGGGGCCCGACGUCCUGGUGCAUUGAAUAUUUCAAUGGCAACUACACGGUCUGGCACAAUGGCAUUCCCCAUGAGCUCCCCCAUGUAAGUGGGAGAACUUUUCAGCGCAUUGGCAUCUUCUCCAGCUCAGAAGGAGGUUUGGUUUGUUUCUUGGGGGCUGACACCAUGACGCCCCUGUACAGUUUUUGUACAGGAACCUUCACAGACUCACUCUACCAGGCUGUCUGUCCUGGUCACGACAACCAGGAGACCAACAGGAAACCACUGCUUAUUUGCGAUGCUUCGAAAUCCGCCCCAUUCUUGUAAUGGAAACCAAUGAGGGUUGGGGUCUAAUUCAUUUAUUCAGUAAGGAUGCAUUAAAUUGAUCAAAAGUGACCGU